GGGCCCCCGGAGCCUUGGAGGAGACGCUGCUGUGAAAGCAUCGUCCCAAAGGAGAGCUGGGAGCUCCAGGAGCUACUGCUGCUGCUACUGCAGGGCAUACACAAGGGCAGCCACAUCCCCCAGGACUCUGCUCAGGCUGGAGCUGUGGGCUCUGCUGGAGCGGGGAGCUUCACCUGCACAGAGGUGUGUUUUCCUUUGCUUGGCCCCUGGGGCAGGAGCCAGCCCUGGGAUGCAACCUGUGGCCCUGCAGAACCUGUCCGAGUUGGAGAGGGCCAGGCUGCAGGAGCUGGCGCUGUUCCGGCUGCAGGAGAGGCUGCCCGGGGGACACCUGAGCCUGGACAGAGAUGGCUCCAAAGGCAUCAAAUCCAUCCUGCAGAAGCUGGAGAACUUCUCCAAGGACAGGAAAGAGUGCUCCCCCCACACCUUUGGGGUGCCGCUCCCCCAGGUCAUCGCCAACGACCGUGCCUGCCGGCGGCUGCAGGAGGCCGUGGGCAGGAGCCGCCGGCUCUGCCUGGAGGUGGAGGCCACUGUCACCAGGUUUCGGGCUCAGAGGCACAGGAGGCUGGCAGUGGGUACCAGCUGUAUCCGGGCACCCGACGGGGGCUGCCCCGAGGAGCCGCCUUCCCCUACCCUGCUGGACAGGAGCUACUGGAGCCAGCGCAGGGGGGCCAUGUCCGUGGAUUCCAUCACAGACCUGGGUGACAACACGUCCAAGCUGCUGGAGGCCCUGCAGCUCUGCCACCCCCACGAGCUUCAGCCUCGCAGGAGCCGGGGCAAGAAGAGACCCCUGAGCCUGAACCCCAUCAGCUGGCAGGUGCCACGGGUGGUGGACAGGUGCUGCACACACCUUGAGACGCACGGGCUCCACACUGUCGGCAUCUUCCGUGUUGGGAGCUCCAAGAAAAGAGUCCAGCAGCUGAGGGAAGAGUUUGAUCGAGGGCUGGAUGUUUUCUUGGAUGAGCAUCAAAGUGUCCAUGAUGUGGCUGCCCUGCUCAAGGAGUUUCUGCGGGAUAUGCCUGAUUCCCUGAUUCCCAGAGAGCUCUAUGGGGCCUUCCUCAGCACAGCCAGCAUGGAGGGACCAGCACAGCUGGAGACCCUGCAGCUGCUGCUGUUCCUGCUGCCCCCCUGCCACAGUGACACCCUGCUGCGCCUCCUGCGCUUCCUGGCUGAGGUGGCCCGGCACGCUGAGAGCUCCUGGGACCCCCAGGGCCGCCAGAUCCCUGGCAAUAAAAUGACAGUGUCAAACCUGGCUACAGUCUUUGGCCCCAACAUCUUGCAGAAGGAGAAGCCUGGAGAGAAAGAUGCUGGUGCCCUGAACUUUGAGGACAGUGCUGCCAUAAUCCUGGUGCUGCAGAGGCUGAUCGAGCACCACCACUCCCUGUUCAUGGUGUCCCCAGAAAUGCAGUGUGACGUGCUGAGGAGGCUGUUCCAGACAGACCCCGAUGUCAUCGAGUACCUGCUGCGCAGGAAGUUCCCUGACGUGCUGAGCCCAGAGCGUGAGGAUCCUGGGGAGGAGCAGGCUCCAUCUGCCCUGCCUGGCUGGGCACACAGCCUGGAGCGAGGAUCGGUCUCCUCGGAGCUGUUCAGCAACAUCUCCUUCCUAAACCUGGACGUCGGCAUCUAGAGAGCCCUGGCCAGCCCUCUGCACAAAACCAGGCGGCUUUUCCCAGCAAAACCCAGCCCCUGGCUCACUUUGGGGGUCACCUGCCAGACUGGCACCUCCCUGCAGGUCUCAGCCCUGCCCUGCCCUGCCACUUCCUUCUCCCAGCACCUCAGGGAUGGAUUUCCAUCCCUGGAGCAUCCCUCCUGGGAGGACAGGCUGAGGGAGCUGGGGCUGCUCGGCCUGGAGCAGAGAUGGCUCAGAGGGACAUUAUCCAUGUACCCCAAUGUUUUUGUACGGGCCUGGAGGGACAGGACAAGGGCAAUGGCUUCCCACUGCCAGAGGGCAUGGCCAGACAGAGAAAUUCAGAGAAAUUCUCCCCCCUGAGGGCAGUGAGGCCCUGGUACAGGCAGGGACACCUUCCACAGCACCAGGCUGCUCCAUCCAGGCUGACCUUCUGGGCCUGAACCUUUCCAGGGAUGGGGCAGCCCCAGCAGGGCACUUCUGGGGAUAAACCAGUACUUCUACCAACAAUAUUCCACAUUCCACCAGAGCCUGCUCCCAGCCCUGGUCUGAAGGCACCCAGGCCCUCUCAGGUGCCCUGCCCAGGGCUGGACUCUCAUUUUGCUGAGUUCCUUCCCUGUGGAUCAGUGCAGUGGGGAUGGGUGGGGAACACUUCCCGGAGGAGCCUGUGCUGUGAGAUAGCUUCUGAGACCCUCUGGGAGCUGAUAAGCUCCAGAGGGCAGCAAAGCUGUUGAGUCUGGAGGAACAGAUAAAUUUGGGACACCAUGAGGCUGUGGAAGGUUCCGGAGGCCACCGGAACCCUCGAGUGACAGCUGUGAAACCAGCACUGUGUCCAGCCGUGGCUCGGGGUGGGAUUGUACCUGCUGCAAGAGCAGCCUUUCAGAUUCCUUCAGGGGUGGUGGAACAGUGCACAGGGUGCCCAGGGCAACUGUGGAUCCCCUGGAUCCCUGGCAGUGUCCAAGGCCAGGCUGGAUGGAACAGCCUGGGACAGUGGAAGGUGUCCAUGGCAGGGGUGGCACUAGAUGGGCUUUGGGGUCCCUUCUCACCCAAAUGUUCUGUGAUUCCAUGACUCCAGGAUGUGACAGGGAUGCUGACACAGGAGGCAGCUCUUUGCAGGAAAUUUCUGCUGGAUUUCACUUUCCCAGCACCGUAAAGGGGGCAAGGGGGCACGGGGAGCUCCCUGGGAAGCUCCAGCUUUCUCUGGCUACUGCAGAACCAUAAAGGGUGUUUGCCCCUGGCAGUGUAGAUGGGACAUUGCUGGAAACUCCACUUGAGGGCAGCCCAGGCUGCUUAGAUACUCUGCCUGCCACGGGAGCAGCCCUGGAGCUGCUGGAGCACUCGGGGCUGGCCUGGAGCUGUUCCAUCCCAGCAUCACGAAAUAAAAACCCUCUCCAGGGAGCUGCAAACUCACCCAUGGAGCCUUGGUAUUGCUCUGGACCCGCUCUGGGGGGGCUGCCUGGCUUUUGUCCCGCUCCAGGUUCUGUUCUUGUGGGCUUUUUGCCCCUGCAAGCCCUGGGGUCACCUCAGAAGCAAUCAGGAAGGUUCUGUCUGGAUCUUUGCUGGUCCCCAGGGCUGGCACGGGAGGGGUUGUUGCUGUUGGGGGUGUCUGCUUUGGGGG